AUGUCUUUGUUUGCUAUUCAAGCUGCUGCUGAUGCCUGGGUUGCUCAACAUAUUACUGCUGCAUAUCAAGCUGAUCCAUUAAUCCAAAGAGAAUGGUGGUAUCCACUUGCUACCUCAAUUUCAGGAACUGAAUUCAAAGAACUUCAAGAUUUCUUUGUUAAAACUGAUAAAGAUAAAUCAGGAUCACUUGAACUUGGUGAAUUAAAGAAAGCUAAAUUCCCAGGAGGAAUUAAAUUAGAUGAAGAUGCAUGCAGACACUUAAUGAGAAUUUUUGAUGUUGAUUUGUCUGGAUCAAUUGGAUUCUAUGAAUAUCUUGCAUUAAUGAAAUAUGUCAAAUUAACUACUGCAGUUUUCAAGAAAUUUGAUAAAGAUAAGAGUGGAAAUCUUGAUGAACAAGAAAUUUAUGCUGCACUUCCAGAACUUGGAUUUGAUCUUAAUAUGAAAGCAUGCAAGAUUUUAAUUCAAUUAUGUGGAAAGGGUCUUCUCACUAAGAAGAUUCAAAUCUCACAAUUCAUUGGUUGUGCUGCUUAUCUUGGACAAAUUAGAACCAUUUAUCAACAUGGUUUUAAACAAGCUCAAGGUGAUUUCAAUAGAGCUAAUUUCUCUAAGUUCAUGAACUUGACAAUGAUGUUGAUGGAUGAUGCUUAA